AUGUCUGUUGCCACCGCUUACGCCACUCACGCAUCGUCGUCGAUGCUAGUUGGAUAUCAUUCGGCGCUGGCUUAUAACAACCCCGCCCUUUUCGCGAUUCGUGGGCGGCCCACCCAAGAACUCUACACUUACGUGGGCUUCGGCACUGCCGAGCCCUGCAUCCUUCACAUGCCUAACCACCUGCGCCUCGCUCGCUCGCGCCCUCCCAAGCGGCCGCGUGCGGUGACCGUGAGUGGCAUGUUGGACGAAGCCAGCAGCGUCCUCUCCACGGCAGAUGUCCAGACACCCACUACCGCUUACUACGAGGGCCCCGCCACCCCUCGCUCGCCCUCCACCUCCCGAGUCUCAACUCCCACAAGCGCUUCGUACCGCACGCCCACCCCCGACGAGAUCGUCGAUGGGGCGCGCGCAAAGCAGGCCGCCGAGGACGACAAAAUUCGCGCCUUCUACGCGAAGAACCCCGCCCUUGCGGCCCUUCGGCCCUUCACCACUACUCAUCUCCCCACGCCGCCCUCGUCGCCUGGCUCGGAGGCGGAAGCUCUGCCGGUCGCCAACCUCGUACAAUCGACACCUCGCCCUGGCAUUAAGCGUCCCCAUCGGCCAGCCGAUAUCAAGACCGGCCCUAUCACUCCGCCCGCAUCGCCUACUACUACGCGGGCUAACAACCGCUUUCUUCAGGCGCCCAUGACGCCGCCGGAGUCGCCAACCAUCCCAAGGAAGUUCCGGGCAUCUCUGCAGACCAUGAGGCCUCUUACCCAGCGCUCGCCCACCACCCCGACUUCACCGUCGAAGAUCCCUCGCCGCGCUGGAUCCAGCGUGCCCAAGUCACCUCGUCUGUGA